AUGGCUGACCUGACGGAGUACGAGCAGGAUCUCCUGCGGCGCAACGCGCUGCUCGAGGAGCGCGCGGCGGCAUCCAUCGCACGCGCAAAGGCCGUGGUCGAGGGCAGCGCGGUCCUCGCGUCCCAGGAGUGGAGCGCGGGGGAGAUCGCGGGCAAGUCCAGCCUCUUCGAGGACGCCAUGCUGAAGCUCGCGAGGGACGAGGUGGAGCAUUUCGCCGCCGGCGACGUGACCUUGGACAGCGUCGACUACGAGAGCGACGAUCCACCUCCGCCCCCCGACCACGAGGAGUGGCCGGACGAGAACGACCCGGAGCCCCCGAGGUUCUCGCGCCACUUUCCAGCCACCAAGUCCGCCAGAUCCUCGCGCCCAACCUCCGUCCGCAGCAGCGUGGAGCGCGUGAUGCGAGCCUCCAGGGACUCCGCCCCUCUCGAGGAGUUCGGCCGCGACGCCCCCGCGGCGUCCUUCGCCAACCCCGAGGAGGACAGCGCCGGCAGGCUCGCGCGCGCCAGGAUCCGCGCCCUGCAGGAUGAGCUCCAGGCGCAGGCCAAGGAGCUCCGCGAGGCGCACGCGAGGUUGAAAGAUCGCGACGGCGAGCUCAAAUCGCUGCUCACCGAGAAGCUCAACGUCGGCAAGCAGGUGAAGCAGAUGCAGGUGGCGCUGGACAAGGAGAAGCGCGCGGGGGCGGACGCCAAGGCUGCGGCGGAGGCUAAGGAACGCGAGCUCGCGGAGACCAAGAAGGAGAUUGAGCGGGACAGGCGGUCCAACAAGGCGGCUGACGCGGAGGCCAAGGCGAAGGACGUGAGGCUGAACCGCGCGCUGGAGGAGGUGGAGAGGUACAAGCACCAGCUCGAACAGGCACGCGAGGGGCAGAGGGGAGCGGCGACGGGUCUCAAGGGUGAGAACGACCGCCUUCGGCAGGAGGUGAAGCGGCUCGAGCGGCAAAAGACGGAGCUCGUCGCCGCGUUCAAGAAGCAGAUGAAGCUCAUAGACGUGCUCAAGAAACAGAAGGUGCACAUGGAGGCGGCGAGGACCCUGCAGUUCGCCGAGGAGGAGUUUAUGCGCACGCUCGACACGGACGCGAGGUGA